GAUUGUGAGAUUCAGCAGAAAUGGCGGCACCCAUAAACAUCCAAACCCCCAGUAAGACAUGGGAGCUGAGUCUGUACGAGCUGCACCGAACCCCUCAGGAAGUCAUCGUGGACGGGACAGAGGUAGCGGUGUCUCCUCGCUCGCUGCACAGUGAACUGAUGUGUCCCAUCUGCCUGGACAUGCUGAAGAACACAAUGACCACCAAAGAGUGUCUGCACCGCUUCUGCUCUGAAUGCAUCGUCACAGCACUGCGUUCUGGAAACAAAGAGUGUCCGACCUGCAGGAAGAAGCUGGUCUCCAGACGAUCGCUUCGCAGAGAUUCCAACUUCGACGCGCUGAUCUCGAAGAUUUACCCGAGCCGCGACGAGUACGAGGCCCACCAGCGCAGCGUCCUCGAGCGGCUCAACAGGCUGCACAACAAGGAAGCGCUGAGCUCCAGCAUUGAGGAAGGCCUCCGCCAACAGGCCCGCUACAGGUCCGAGAGGAACCACCGUGUGAAGAAACCCACUCAGGAGAGUGACAACACCACGUUCAGCGGCGGCGAGGAUAACGGAGAUUCUCGUUCCCACCUGUCCCACGACUCCGCCCCUUCAAAUGCCCCUCACCCCCGCGGCCAAACCCCUCCGGAGGCCGGACCGAGCCGCAAGCGGGGGCGCGCCUCUGACGACGGCUCGGGGCCGGAGGCAGACAGCGGCAGCCCCACCCCCCCUCUGAGACGGCGCAAAGAAGGGCCGGCGUCAGAGAUCGAGCUGGUCUUCAGGCCACACCCACAGCUGGUUCACGCCCAGGAUUACAACCAGACCAGAUACGUGAAGACCACGGCCAACGCCACCGUGGACCAUCUCUCAAAGUACCUGGCGCUGCGCAUCGCUCUUGAAGACAGGCGGGCUGACGGAGAGGCAGAGGACCGAGCCAGAGAGGAAGCAGGAGGGGAAGAGAGAGGAGGAACGGAGGGCAAAGGGGAAACGGAGGGACCCUCCAAGAGCGGAGAGGGAACCAGUCUGAACAACAUCAGCGAGAAACAGUACACCAUCUACAUCAUGACGAGGGGCGGACAGUUCUCUACACUCAAUGGCUCUUUGACUCUGGAGUUGGUCAAUGAGAAGUACUGGAAGGUCCGAAAGCCUCUGGAGCUCUACUAUGCUCCCACCAUGGACCAGCAGCAGCCCCAGCCCCAGCAGAAGUCCCCACCCCCCCAGAAGGAAGGAUGAGGAGCUGUCGGCCGCUCGCUUGCUCUUCUAACCCACAGCUUUUCACAGCCACAAGAAAAUGAGCUUUACUCCCCUGAAGAACGAACAUCAAGGUGGAAUCGUUUGAUAUCUUGAGUCAAACUGACCCAAACUGAGAGAAACAGAAGAACUGAUCUGCAGCUGAAGAACUGAGUGACCAAAAGGUGCUAAAUAAUAGUGACGACCAUCUUUCUAUGGUCAGACGUGAAAGUGACCAAGUCGGUCAGGAUCUCACCUCUGCAGCGGCUGCUGGUUUAGCUUUUCCUUCAGCACUCUGUAGUUAAGUUCCUCAUGGCACAAUUUUAACAACUCCAAAUCUAUCCGGAGGAUGAACAUGAGACCAUUCCCUUAACUGCUCUAACUUGUGUAAAUUAUAUUUUUCACUUUC